AGAUAACUCAUGAAGAAAAACAUUGUCAACAUGCCAUGGCCAGUUUAAAUAUAAAAAGAACUUUCUGUUCUUUAUUUUCAAGAACUAAACAAUGUCAAGAGAAAUCACUCAAGUGCCUGUCCUCAGCGCCAAGUGUUGUGGAAGUGGGAAAACCAUGUGAGAAACAAAGUGCAGACAAAAGUUACAGCACAGGGCAGACAUUUCUCCACCAAUUGUUUGAUUAUAGAGGAGUUAUUUUGUACCCAUGGGUUGCAAAUGUUUACGAAAUGGAUCCAGAGAAAAAAUUUGCUAGCAAGAAGAAAGAAAUUUUUUAUCAAGCUUUGAUAGAUGAUCGAGAUCUUGAGUUUGCUAGAAAAUGGUUGAAAGAAGAAAAAGUGACCUAUUUACCAAGCAACAACACAAAAGGCCUGACAGCUAUACAAGGAUUAGAUUAUGUAGCUCACGAUGAUAUUCUGCCGUACACAGGAGUAGAUAACUGUCCAAUAGAACAUCCCUGUCUUUAUCAUUUUCUCAAGUAUGCGUCUUUCCAAAGUCCACAUUACAAAGGACAACCAAACUUGUAUAAACACCCAUGGUUAAAAGUUUAUGAUGUGUAUAGAGAAAUUUCAGAAAAUAUAAAAGUGACAGUUAUACCAGCUUUUAUGGGAAUAAAAGAUAAUAAUUAUUGGUGGAGGUAUACUAUACGUUUAGAAAAUUUAGGAUCAGAAACUGUGCAACUUAGACAUAGAUCAUGGAAAAUUUAUCCUAAGCCUGGUGCUCCAAUUAGAAAGAUUGGAAGAGGAGUUGUUGGGGAGGAACCAGUUUUAUCACCUGACUUUCCAUUCUUUCAAUAUAGCAGUCAUAUUUCUUUACAAUCUUCUAGUGGAUACAUGAGAGGCAACUAUGUAAUGGAAAAGCAAGAUCAAACAACAUUUAAAUGUAAAAUACCAAAUUUUUCUUUAGAAAGUACAAUAGACAUGGACAUUAAAAAUGACACAAUUGACUAAUAAAAUUACUAUUAUAUAAUUAUUGUAUCGCAAUUCUUGGUUUGAAUACUAAUAUUUUGCUGUAAAUUUAAUAUUAUUUGAGAAAGGCCAUGCUGUAAACAUUUUUGAUUUCAAUUGAUAUACAUAGAUUCUUCACAUUGGCACCAGUGGAUAAUCGGAUUUAUCCAAUCUAGAUAGAUAAACUAUUGAAAUUUCAACCCGAACUUUAGUAUUUGAUAAUUUAACUAUCCGAGAUCAGUGGCAAGGCUAAAUCUGAUAAUCCAGUAGUAACUAUUUAAAAAUCUGUUUCUUUAAUGAUUAUCAAAUGAAUUUUUAUUUUUGAUAAGCGAAAAUCCCCUUGAGUACCAUCUACAUGCUGGAUUUUUGCGUCAUACUAAUUGGUAUAAUGAUGCCAAUUUCUCUAACACCUGUUAUCACAAUUCGAUUCAUCCAGAGAGCUGAUAAAGGUUAUAACCUUUUAACUUAGCCAUUCAUCUCCUGAGAUCAUCGACAAUCACACGCUGAUUAGAUUUUUUUAAACAAUGGGUCCAGAGAGGGUAAAAUUGCCAAAGAAUUGGAGAAAUUAAAUUUAUUUGAAGAUUUAUGUGAUCAUAUAUAUAUGAGAUAGGGGAACUAUGUACAAACACCCUGUCUUUUUUGCUGUGUGAAAAUUGAAAUUGAAAACAAACUAUUAUUCCUCUUCUACUGCCUACCAAAUAGAAUUAAUGCAUUAGAGCUUGGAAAAAUGUAUGCAUUUAAAAUAAAAAUAAAUUUCCAUCAAAACAUGAUGUCAUACAAAUGAAAAAUCUCAAGCUAAAGGUUAUUUAGUUCCUUGUACAUCUUAAAUUUGGAAAAUACUUCAUUAAAAUGGAAUUUUAGGGGUA